AUGGCAUCCUUUCCAUGGAGACACUCUGAAGAUGAGAGCUCCAGCAGCCAAGAUGAGGAGGGUCCAAACACUGAGGGAGGCCCUGAAGAUGAUGCCGAUUUCUUGCUCUACAAAGCACUGCAUUUGAAGAUGAUAGAAAUGGUGGAGUUUCUGCUCCUGAAGUAUCGUGCAAAGGAGCCAACCACAAAGGCAGAAAUGCUGAGUAGUGUCAUCAAAGAGCACCAGGACCACUUUCCUGAGCUUUUCAGUGCAGCCACUGAAUGCAUCCAGUUGGGUUUUGGUAUUGUUGUGAAACAAAUGGACCCCAGUACCCACACCUAUGUCCUGGCCACUGCCUUGGGGCUCACCUAUGAUGGGAUGGUGAGCGAUGGGCACAGAUAUCCCAACACAGGCCUCCUGGUCACACUUCUGUGUGUGAUCGCCUCAGAGGGUGAUUGUGCCCCUGAGGAGAAAAUCUGGGAAGCAGUGAAUAUUUUAGGGGUGCAUGAUGGGAAGGUUCAUUGGCUCUAUGGGGAGCCCAGGGAGCUCCUCACCAAAGUUUGGGUGCAGGAACAGUACCUAGUGUACCACCAGGUGCCCAAUAGCGAUCCUGCACGCUAUGAGUUCCUAUGGGGUCCCAGAGCCCAUGCGGAGACUACCAUGUUGAAAACCCUCCAGUUUGUGCUCAGGGUUAAUGACAGGGAUCCCUAUUCCCUUUCAUCCCUGCUUGAAGGGCCUGAGUACAAUGAGAACCACUAUGCCUGA